AUGGCUUCAACAAUCAAUAACUACCAAGACUGCGGGCCCAUGCGGUACAAGUCCUCAAUUCCGGUGCCUGCAUCUCUGUACGAGAACACUGCCUACCCUUCUAAGUUCCGCCCGAGAAUUAGCAAACACGUGGACGUGGCCGACAAGGCGUGCUGGGAAGCGUGCGACGACUUUGAAAACGCGACUGGGUUGAAGUUGAAGGCCGACAGCGUUGGAUGCAUCAACCCCAUCGGCGGCAACGUCAACGCAUUGUGGUUUCCAGAGGCCAUACCAGAGAGACUCCAUAUCAUUUCCUAUCUGUCUGAACUUCUCUUCCGACACGACGACCUUACCGACGAUGCUAUAACACCAGAGCAGUUCGAUGAGGUCCACGGACCACUAGCGCGAUUCCUCGGUUCUGAGUCGAAGCAAAGCGAUCACACCACCAAGCACAACGCAAUGAACACGAUGCAGGCUCGCGUCGCCAUCGAGGCGCUCGAACAGGACGAACGACUGGGCAAGCUCGUCAUCGAGAAGUGGAAGGGCAUCGUGAGUGUUCGCGGGCAGGACGCCUUCAUGGAACACAAGACAUUGGACUCGUACAUGCACGUGCGGCACUACGAUGCCGGAGCCUACUCGGUUUGGUCGCAAAUCCUAUUUUGCUGCGACAUGAGCCUCACCGACGAGGAGCUCACAGGUCUGGAGCCCCUCACCUGGCUGGCUUUUACGCAGAUGAUCCUGUGGCAUGAUUACUGUUCGUGGGAUAAAGAAGCAGCCACGUACCUGGAGCGCGAAGAAGGCGGAUCCAACAUGAGCGCCGUGCAGGUCUACAUGGCCAUGUACGGCCUCGACCAGUAUGCCGCCAAGGACUUCUUGCUGUCGGAGAUCGGGAGAAUCGAGGACGAGUACUGCGAGAGGAAGGCGAUCUACAUGGCCGAGUGCUCGCCAGCACACCACAUCACACACUACAUCGGUCUGAUUGAGUUGUGCAUGGCCGGGAACACGCUGUGGCACCUGUCCUCGCGCCGAUACGACCCAGCAGCUCCGCUUCCCAGACGAGAAGACAUUGGCAAGGUGAACCGAGGCCCGCUUGAUGUUUUCGAGGUCAGCAAGCCUGUAGAUAGCUCAGAGUCGGACGGCAUUCUCACUCCGGUCUCAAGCCGUCUCGGCACAAAAAGACUCAGGCCAUUCUGGAACAACCAACGGACCGAGUAUACCACCAUGACGCCCACCGAGACCAGUUCCGACCACAAGAAGAAGAAGAAGGCCAAGGCAUCACACGAGACUCGGGCGGAUCUGCUGACCGUCUCGCCCUGCGCUUGGCCUGCCGAGCCGGACGAGAAGGACAUUCUGGCGGCUUACCUUUACACGGCGGCAAGACCUGCAAGUGGCGCCCGCGACAAGCUGAUGGACGCGCUUGACAACUGGUACCGCGUUCCUCCUAACGCCCUAGCCACAAUCCGCACCAUCGUUCGAAUCAUGCACAACGCCAGUCUGAUGCUCGACGACGUUCACGACAACUCGCCCAUGAGGAGGGGCAGUCCGAGCGCCCACGUCGUCUUCGGCACGGCCCAGACCACAAACUCGGCGAGCUAUCUCAUGAUCAAGUGCGUGGACCUGGCACGGCGGCUGGGCGAAGACACCUUGUCGUGCCUCUUGUCCGAGCUCGGCCAGCUGCACCUCGGCCAGAGUCACGACCUGGCAUGGACCUUCCAUUGCAGGGCGCCCUCAUUACCCGAGUACUACAGCCAUCUCGAGCAGAAGACCGGCGGGCUCUUCCGCAUGGCCUCCCGCAUGAUGCGCGCUUCGGCGACCCAGAACAAGCAUCUCGACGCCUGCAAACUGAUGAGCCUUCUCGGCAGGCUCUAUCAGCUGCGCGACGACUAUCAAGAUAUCACGUCGGAGUCCCUCUCAACAUACGACGACCUGGACGAGGGGAGCUUCACUCUGCCGCUGAUCCACGCCCUUCAGCGCGAGGACGAACGAGGCGACGUCCAGCUGCACAGCAUUCUUCAAUCCGCACGGGCAGCGCGCUCUGCCUCGGCAUCUUCGAAUAAUGAUGGGAAAUUGUCGCUCGAGACGAAACUGCUGGUUCGUGAGAUGUUGGAGGAGGCAGGCAGCCUGGAAUAUACGAGGGUGGUGAUCCGGGGCUUGUAUAACGAGACAAGAGCCAUGUUGACCGAGAUAGAGAACGAAGCUGGGUCGGGUGGCAAGAAUUGGAUGUUGCGGUUGCUGACUUUCCAGUUAAAAGUAUAA